CUCGUCUGCUUCUGUGAAUGCCGACCCCGCGGCUUAAGCGCCGUCUUCCGUGUGCUCUCUCGACAGCAGAGCAGCACAUGGGGGGAGGAAAGCAGCACAGAGGGCCGUUCCAGGGGGUCCGCGUGAAGAACUCGGUGAAGGAGCUCCUGCUGCACUUCAGGAGCAGCAAGCAGAUGUCCUCGGGCCCCGCUGCGGAUGAAGGCAAGGCACAAGGAGGAUUGGUAAACUACGAACCAUACACAGCAGAGUUAAAGAGCGUUCUAGGUCAGGGUGGCAAAAGAAAGGCUCCUGAGCUCCUUUCUGAUGGACCUCCUUUCAAACGCCAAGUUAAUGUUCAUCCACACCUCCUGACGCCACCCCAGACCCCAACUUCAAUGGAUAACAUGGAAGAGACGCAUAAAAACGAACCAAAGCAUGACAGCAGUUCUGAUCUGCUUCAGAACAUCAUAAACAUUAAGAACGAGUCCAGCCCUGUUUCCCUGAACACAGUGCAGGUUAGCUGGUUGCACGGUGUCUCCAGCCACAACUCACCUGGAGAACAGUACCACGACAGUUCGGGAACACAGGCUUUCUCCCCACCCCAGAAGUACCAAGCAUUCCAAGAUCAUACCUCCCAGAAUAUGCUUGAUCCUCCUCAGCAUUACCAGUUUCCUUCAUCGCAGAACCAGGAUUUGUCACAGAACUACACUUCGGAUGCAUCUCUGGAGUACAGGCCGUUUUCUGCCAAUGACCAGUCUCCAGGCUACCACCAGCACGCCUUUGAGAGCCAUGAACUGCAGUAUUGCCCAUCACAAAGUUUCUCCUCCCUCCUGAACGAUUCUGAAGGCUCGGAGAACAUCUCUGCUCCCCUUCAGUCCUUGACCAGUGCCCACCCGCAGGCUACUGUCAGCCCCCACGCUCAGAACUUCAGCCUGGCUCCAAAUAAUGUCUGCAGUAGUCUUGAACGCAGUGUCUCUUUGGCCACUUUAAAUGUCUCUCUACCACCCCAAAGUGUUGCCAGAAGCACAACGCAGUUGGGCAAGUCGUUUUUCCAGUGGCAAGUGGAGCAGGAGGAAAACAAAUUGGCUAACAUCUCUCAAGACCAGUUCCUAGCAAAAGACUCAGAUGGAGACACCUUCCUUCACAUUGCUGUUGCCCAGGGCCGACGAGCUCUCUCCUACGUUCUUGCAAGGAAAAUGGCUGCUCUGCAUAUGUUGGAUAUUAAAGAGCACAAUGGCCAGAGUGCUUUCCAGGUUGCUGUGGCUGCCAACCAGCAUCUCAUUGUGCAGGAUUUGGUUAGCCUGGGGGCUCAAGUCAACACCACAGACUGCUGGGGUAGAACACCAUUGCAUGUUUGUGCUGAGAAGGGGCAUGCCCAGGUCCUUCAGGCAAUCCAAAAGGGAGCCAUGGGAAGCAAUCAAUAUGUGGACCUUGAGGCAACGAACUAUGACGGUUUGACAGCCCUGCACUGUGCUGUUCUGGCCCAUAAUGCUGUGCUGCAUGAACUACAAAACUGUCAACCACCUCACUCCCCUGAGGUUCAGGAACUUCUGCUGAGAAACAAGAGCCUGGUUGAAACCAUCAAGACUCUGAUACAAAUGGGAGCUUCUGUUGAAGCAAAAGAUCGCAAGAGCGGUCGCUCUGCUUUACAUUUGGCAGCAGAGGAAGCAAAUCUGGAGCUCAUUCGUCUCUUCUUGGAGCUGCCCAACUGCCUCUCUUUUGUUAAUGCAAAGGCUUACAAUGGCAACACAGCACUCCAUGUGGCUGCCAGCCUGCAGUAUCGGGUGAGUCAGUUGGAUGCAGUUCGCCUGCUAAUGCGAAAGGGAGCUGAUCCAAGUGCCAGAAAUUUGGAAAAUGAACAGCCAGUUCACUUGGUUCCUGAUGGCCCUGUAGGAGAACAGAUAAGACGUAUCCUAAAAGGGAAGACAGUUCAACAGAGAGCGUCCCUGUUUUGAGCUCCAUGUUACUUGGAGUUACCGUACACUCACUGUCAGUCAGGCAGUCCUAUUGUAUCUGUAAAUAGACCAUUUGCCUGGUGUUGGCAAAUGUUAGUUGUUUCUAUGAAACAAAAGUAUUUUGUUCACUAUUAUAUAGUGGGUUAUGUAAGUUUAGGGAAAAAACAAAAACAACAAAAAAAAAGCCAUAAAAACCUAACAAACCAGCAGUUAAAUUCCUCUGAGCAAAUGGGAAUGUUUCAUUCCCAAGUAUGUGGAACCUUUGCCUGGAUACCUGGAUUUCAUAGCUAUGACAAGCUAACUUCUGGAAAAGGAUGAUUCUACAGUCAGUCUUGUUUGGAGAUGGCUGAUACGUGACAACACUGCAGAGUUUUUUGUUUGUGAUAACACUUUAGUAUUAAGUGUAAGAGAAAUAUUUUUUUUCAAAUGGAAAUUUUAUUUAUAUACCUUUGUGGCUUCCUUCCAGUAUCCUGUGCAUGAUUGUAUAUAAUCAUUGGCAUUGUUGUACACUUGUAUAGUUCUGAGCAUCUAUCAGUAGAUUGGGAAUGAGCUGAAGAAGAGAUGAGUUUGCUGAUCUUGAACUCUUAAAUCACAUGUGAAAUUUUAAUACUAUACUGGGGCAAAAAGAACGGUUAAGAUGAAUUGUCCCUAGCACUGAUGUGUUCGUGCUUUUGUAGCUGUUAAAACAUGAGAGCCAUGCUUGUUCAGGGGACAGUAUUGGGUGGUUUUGUAUCCAGCAGAGGCGUUUUCUUUUGUCUGGACAGUAGGUUGAGGGAGAAAUAUUGUGAUUUACAUAGUGUAUAUAACUUUGUCAUAUUUUAAGGAUUAUGAUCCUGAUUCACUGGAGAUAAUUAGCAUGUAUUUAGCUCUUGAUGCAUGUUGAAAUCUCUCUUUGUUCAUUGUGAUACUUAAAUGUUUGUAAGCCCCACUAGUGUCAGUAGAACUUGAGCACAUGCCUAAGUUAUCUGCUGAAUUGGGCUCUAGUCAGUUCUAGAGAUUUAGCAUUUUUCACCUAAGCAGAGUUAGUCCAUUUAUGGCUUUACCUUAUAGGUAUUGUAGAGAGCCAGUUGAAACUAAUGUUUUUCUAUUUUUAAUAAUUAUAAAUAUUAAUGCAAAAUGUGUACUAAUUAUACUUGUAUUCUGUUGGAGAAAGCUUCCUUCUCUCGUCAAUUUCAGAACAAUCCACACUGGGCUGUAAUUCCAGCAAUAUGUUCUCCUAGUGGUCUUUGCUCUUAUCCAGUUCUCGCAUCACACGCGAUUCUCUGCCAUAGCCAUUUAGUCUGAUUGUGCUGUUGUGGCAAAGUAUGUCUUGUAGGCAAGCUAAGUGGGAAAAUCUAAUAUGCUGAGGCUGAGCUGUGAUGUGUUUCUUGAAGGGUUUAAUGUAUCUUGUGUUUGAAUAAACAUGUUAAUUACA